UUAAGCGAAAGCUUCUUCUAUUCUGUCCUCAACCAUUUGAAAUGGUAGUUCAUUUCAGUAACCUUCACUAAAUGGUGAGCUUAUUUUAGUUUUGGUGUCAGGGAAAUUCAUUCUGAAGGCCGAAUUUCAACAAUGUCAAGUAGUGGUAAUUGGUGUUUGAUAGAAAGCGAUCCUGGAGUAUUCACUGAACUUAUUAGAGGUUUUGGUGUAGAAAGUUUGGAGUGCGAAGAAGUUUAUGAUUUGACUGAAACAAGCAAUGUGUCUGACGCUUUUGGGUUUAUUUUCCUAUUUAACUAUGAUGACAAACAAGAUGAGACUGGAAAAGUGGUAACUGACGCAAACAAUAGAGGCGUAUUUUUUGCGAAACAAACAAUUUCAAAUGCUUGUGCGACGCAAGCAAUUAUUAAUAUCUUGCUAAAUAUUGAUGACAAAGUGCCCAUUGGCCCAACAUUGUCUAAUUUCAAGUCUUUUGUGUCAGACUUUGACAGUACAAUGAAAGGUACAGCAAUAAGCAAUUCUGAUCAAAUUAGAGUUGUACAUAACAGCUUUAGCAAUUACCAGCUAUUUGAGUUUGAUGAGAAGACCCCAAAGUCAAGUGAAGGUGUUUACCAUUUUGUUGGUUACGUUCCUAUUAAUGGUACUCUGUACGAAUUGGAUGGCUUAAAACCCGGCCCUGUUGAUCACGGAAAACUACCUGAGAAUUCAUCUUGGAUAGAUUCGGUCCGUCCGUUGCUAAUGAAGCGUAUGGAGAAGUGUGUAGACGGAAAGUUCAAUAUAAUGGCAGUAGUUCCUAAUCGACUCGUUAUGUAUGAAAAACAGUUGGCACGAUAUAAAAUGGACUCAAGUGAUCCAGAAUCUGCCUACAUAACAGAGCUAACGAAUAAUAUCGCCAGUGAAAAGAAGAAAAUUGCAACGUAUCGCGCAGAAAACAUUCGUCGUCGACACAACUAUUUGCCACUUAUAGUAGAGCUUCUCAAAAUACUGGGCGAAAACGGUCAACUAACUAGUCUGAUUGAAAAAGCUCAGAAGGUUGCACAAGAACGCAGUGCUCUACACCCAUCAAAUGCUGCGAAGAAAGUGAAAUUUGUCUAAAAGAAUAUAUUAUAUAUGUACAUCUUUUUUAGAAACAAAUUUUAUGUAGGUGCGAAACGAUUUUCGUUGUCAGAUGUAUAUAAAGUUUCCAUUUGUGCAGGUAUUUGUAUGAUUUUCUUAUUAAUGACCUCCUUGAUGUACAGAGCUAUGAGAAGUGUAAGGGUCAUGAGAAAAAUACCUAGUGCAACACUGAAUCCAUCAACCGUUGGAGAUGCACCGCGAUACCAGCGCAAAAACCUUUCAGAAUGUUCGCGACUACGCACCCAGGCUGGGGCUUUGAGUUUUUCGUUUUCCAUCAUCAGAAACUGUGAUGUUAUGUCCAUACAUGUGAAGUAACACUGUUCAGAGCCGUUGAAAUCUGUUUUUUUUAUAAAAAGAAGAGAAUGGAAUUACUAAGAGGGAACACUUGUAACUGUUUGAUACAAGAGAAUGCAUAUCCAAAAUAUGUGCGACAGGCAUUCGUUGUACCAGUUAUGUUUAUGGGAAUCGAUAAUGUGAGCCAAGUGUAAACAGGAAUAUAUCCUUUGAAUUAACGGGUAAUUUAUUGGUAACUAACGUCAUCAAAAUGAUAUACUACAACUUAAUGCAGAAAAAGCAUGACGGGAUAUCGUGGCUUUCAAUAACAACUAAAAAUAUACCCUACAUAUCAGUCAAUCAGUUACAAUGUAGGACCAGGCAUAUAUAUGCAUCGGUCCAAGUUGC